AGCAAAGUGAGAAAAGGUUGGUUGGUCGACACGAAGCUAAAUAUGAACAAGACAGAGUAGAUCUGUAAUUACAAAUUAACCGUUAAUUACGGUGAGUUCGUGAUCACUGUUUGACAUAUGAUGCUUACUUGAUCUUAUGAAAUAUAGCUACACCUGUUAGUAGCUAACUUAGCAAGCUAGUAACCCUAGCAGAGCUACUCAUUUUCUAAUAUAUCUGACCCUAGCCACUUAGCUAGCUUUAUUUAUUUGUUUACCCCACUGCUGCCACUGACAUACUCAUUGUAUGAUAAAGGUAAAAUGAUAAUAACUGGAUUCACAAAACUAGUUAGAUUGACAUCGAGUUGAACUUGGUAGACGCGUUCUGUACAUUGUAGUUGAUGUUAAGGAUAUAUUUCUCUGCCUGCUUAACUGUUCAACGUUUUCAACCUCUCAAUUGUGUGUUGAUAUUAUUGUCACGUGCAAAUAACUACCACAUAUUGCUUACAGUACACAUGGGCCUCUGAAUGCUUGUGUUGACAUUGACAAGGUGUUGACCACAGUCCAAGGCCAAGUUCAGCCAUAUCAUCUGGAUUGUUUGUGUAACUUCUGUCUGGAGCUUUGGAAGUGCUGUUUUUCCAACCUCAGAGGGAAUAUGAGUGACAAAGCCACAAACCGAAGACUAGAGGCACUGUCCUCCUAAAUGAACUGUUGACUAGAUUCAGUUGGACCACAUAUUUGCUAUGGGCACCACACUAAGUGAGCCUUGCAUCUACGACAAGCUGUCAGCGAGCAUCGAUAUUCUCCGCCAGUCGGGGUAUCGCUAUGGCAUGUCGGAGAGGGAGAUUGAGAAGUUUAUUAAACAAGUCCUGGAGACCAACGAGCCUCGAAGAGACCCGCCACAAUUCCCCAUCCUUCGAGCCACUAUCAAGGUAAGAUGCGCACACACACACACACACUCAUGUAAGGUGGCAACAGAUCAUACAUAAGGCAAUGAGAUGUUCAAUGUCCAUCAGCUAAUCAUAUGCCAGUCAAUAUAUCAAAAGCACAUUGCAGGGAUUGACGUUAAGGUCUGAAAGGCACUUGCCCAUUGGGCAAGUCAGGAGUAUUUUUUGGUUGCUGGAAGAUUAUGAUCACUUGCCCGAAAAUGUAAAGUAGCUAUUCACCUACACAUGGGAGGAACCAGAAAGACCAGACUACAGGAAUUCUUUGCAUUUUGGUUAUCAGUCGAAAAAAUCACCUGCCCAAUGGGGCAACCUCAGAGCAGGCUCAACUUGCAAGACUGCUCAGCUCACUUGCCCUGGCAAUAAGGCAACCCUUAAUGUCAAUCUCUGCAUUGAUCAACCAUCCUCUCACUCAUCCUCAUAUCUCCUUACUGUAGUUUGUGGUAGCGGUAGGCUUUCUGUUGGUGGUUGUGCUGGCCUUCACCAACCCCCAGACUCGGCCCCAGCUAGGCGUGAUGUACACGGGGGGACACAACUGGUCCUCCCCCCUCAGCCACAUCAGACUGCUAGCUCUGCCCAUCGCCAAGAAGUACAACCUGCAAGGUACAGUUACAGAGGGGAAAGAACAAUGUUAGACAACAUCCUUAGUUGUUCACUAUAGACUUUGGGUCUUUGUUCCUAGCCAGUGUGUGUAAUAACAGCUUCCCUACUGUCUCUCUCCUGUAGGUUUCCAUGAGUGGUGGAGUGUGGGGGCUCUGCGGCAGGGCCUGGUCAACUGUUCUGGCUGUGCAGAGGUCUCCUCUGUGCUGGAGGUCCCUGAGACCCUCAGAGAGUCUGCAGCCAUACGCAGGGGGCCACAGCCUGUGCUGCUUAAGGUACGACCACCACUGCAAGUAAGCAUUUCAAGUAAGCAUUUCGUUGGACGAUGUAUACCAUGCAUAUCCUGUAUAUACUGUAUGGCUAAUAAAACUUGAAACACUAACACCAGGGAAAUUGACAAAUUUACUCAAAUAUACAUUUUAGUUCAACAGAAAAAUAACAAUGUCACUGAAAGGAAGUGUUUUUGUUAGACUGAAAAUCUUAGUUAGACUGGAAAAACAACAAUGUCCCUUAAAGUGAGUGUCCAGUCUGCAUAUUGUUUACGGAUCCACCGCAGCAUGAUCUUUAUAUAAAUAUUGUGCUAGUUCAUUUAGCUAACAUCAGCAGUUAGUCUUUUCUGCCCUGUGCCUGACGUAUGUCCUCUGUCUCUAUGUAGGGUGGGGAGUCUCUGUGUCUGCAGAGGCAGCAGCUAGAGGAGCUCUACUCAGUGCACUCCGGCUCCAUGAGUAUACUAGUGGAGGAAGACAACCUACUGUCACAUGACGAGGGUUUUCCACAUGGCCCUGCAAACUUCACCCUGCUCUGGUACACACACUAACGCAUAUACAGUACCAGUCAAAGGUUUGGACACACCUACUCAUUUAUUUUCUUUAUUUUUACAAUUUUCUACGUUGUAGAAUAAUAGUGAAGACAUCACAUCAAAACUAUGAAAUAACACAUAUGGAAUCAUGUAGUAACCAAAAAAGUGUUAAACAAAUCAAAAGUGUAGAUUCUUCAAAGUAGCCACCCUUUGCCUUGAUGACAGCUUGUCAUUCUCUCAACCAGCUUCAUGAGGUAGUCAUCUGGAAUGCUUUUCCAACAGUCUUGAAGGAGUUCCCACAUAUGCUGAGCACUUGUUGGCUGCUUUUCCUUCACUCUGUGGUCCAACUCAUUUACAUUUUUACAUUUUAGUCAUUUAGCAGACGAUCUUAUCCGGAGCGACUUACAGUUAGUGAGUGCAUACAUUUUCAUACUGGCCCCCCGUGGGAAACGAACCCACAACCCUGGCGUUGCAAGCGCCAUGCUCUACCAACUGAGCUACAGGGGACUCAUCCCAAACUCAUCCCAAACCAUCUCAAUUGGGUUGAGGUCGGGUGAUUGUGGAGACCAGGUCAUCUGAUGCAGCGCUCAAUCACUCUCCUUCUUGGUCAAAUAGUCCUUACACAGACUGGAGGUGUGUUCUGGGCCAUUGUCCUGUUGAAAAACCAAAUGACAGUGCAACUAAGUUGCAAACCAGAUGGGAUGGCGUAUCGCUGCAGAAUGCUGUGGUAGCCAUGCUGGUUAAGUGUGCCUUGAAUUCUAAAUAAAUCACUGACAGUGUCACCAGCAAAGCACCCCCACACCAUCACACCUCCUCCAUGCUUCACGGUGGGAACCACACAUGUGGAGAUCAUCUGUUCACCUACUCUGUGUCUCACAAAGACACGGUGGUUGGAACCAAAAAUCUCAAAUUUGGACUCAUCAGACCAAAGGACAGAUUUCCACCAGUCUAAUGUCCAUUGCUCGUGUUUCUUCGCCCAAGAAAGUCUGUUAGUCUUAUUGGUGUCCUUUAGUAGUGGUUUCUUUUCAGCAAUUCAACCAUGAAGGCCUGAUUCACACAGUCUCCUCUGAACAGUUGAUGUUGAUAUGUGUCUGUUACUUGAAGCAUUUAUUUGGGCUGCAAUCUGAGGUGCAGUUCAUUGCCGAUAUCUGAGGCUGGUAACUCGAAUGAACUUAUCCUCUGCAGCAGAGGUAUCUCUGGGUCUUCCAUUCCUGUGGCGGUCCUCAUGAGAGCCAGUUUCAUCAUAGCGCUUGAUGGUUUUUGCGACUGCACUUGAAGAAACUUUAAAAGUUCUUGACAUUUUCUGGAUUGACUGACCUUCAUGUCUUAAAGUAAUGAUGGACUGUCGUUUCUCUUUGCUAAUUUGAGCUGUUCUUGCCAUAAUAGGGACUUGGUCUUUUACCAAAUAGGGCUAUCUUCUGUAUACCUACCUUGUCACAACACAACGGAUUGGCUCAAACGCAUUAAGGAAAGAAAUUCCACAAAUUAACUUUUAACAAGACACACCUGUUAAUUGAAAUGCAUCCUAGGUGACUACCUCAUGAAGCUGGUUGAAAGAAUGCCAAGAGUGUGCAAAGCGGUCAUCAAGGCAGAGGGUGGCUAUUUGACCAAGAAGGAGAGUGAUGGAGCGCUGCAUCAGAUGACCUGGCCUCCACAAUCACCUGACCUCAACCCAAUUGAGAUGGUUUGGGAUGAGUUGGACCGCAGAGUGAAGGAAAAGCAGUCAACAAGUGCUCAGCAUAUGUGGGAACUUCUUCAAGACUGUUGGAAAAGCAUUCCUCAUGAAGCUGGUUGAUAGACUGCCAAGAGUGUGCAAAGCUGUCAUCAAGGCAAAGUGUGGCUACUUUGAAGAAUCUCAAAUAUAAAAUAUAUUUUGAUUUGUUUAACACUUUUUUGGUUACUACAUGAUUCCAUAUGUGUUAUCUCAUAGUUUUGAUGUCUUCACUAUUAUUCUACAAUGUAGAAAAUUGUAAAAAAUAAAGAAAAACCCUUGAAUGAGUAGGUGUGUCCAAACUUUUGACUGGUACUGUAGAUACACACACACACACACACACUUGCGUGCAGAUAUGCACUGCACGCACAGAGAAACCCAACCACACACACACAUACAUAUGAAUGAGCAUGAAUUGGUAAUUUAGAAAACGGGUGUCAAGGAAGGAAGAAAACAAGGAUGCAUUUGUCCGUUUUUCUCAUCGGACUCAGUGUCUUCCCCUUCUUUCUCUAGGAGGUUUACAUCUGGGGCCAGAGAGAAGGUGUUGAGGUGGCUGUUCCCCAAGGCUGAGCUAUGCCCCCUAUUGGACAGCGCCGGAACAACACUGCAGCGUUGCCUGGUCACGCAUAGUGCCAACUCUCAGAGCAGAGUGAGUCUGGCCUCUAACAAAGUCCAAAUAGACAAGGAUGUUUGUUGUUAUGGUGUUUGUCGGGAUUCAGCAGUGUGCUGUCACAGUGGUAUUGUGCGUGUAUGUUUCAGGGUGUGCGAGUGCUGGGCUGGCUGGUGGUAGGAGAGGGCCUGCCCACGGUUCGAGUGCUCCCUGUCCACCACUGUCAGAAACACUGCAGCUCAUUCAACCUCUGGCUGGGACCUGGAGAUAUGGGUGAGAAGAACACACACUGCAAGUAUACUGUGUAAUUACUGUGUAAUAUUGUGUAUACUGUGACCAUUAGUAGUUAAUUAUUUGAAUCGUGUGUUUGUGCUAGGCUGUAACCAAAGCCUGAUUUAGACCUAUACAAAUGUGCAUUUAUUUUGACCUCAUUUUGACCUUUGUGCUUUGACCCUGCCAGUGUAUGCUGACCCGCUUUACUGGCAGAUGGAGCUGUUCCCCGGCCGAGACCAGAACAUAGUUUGUGACGGCUCCACUUUCUGAGAGAGGAGAGGAACAACUGAACGAGACAAGAAUGCGAGGAAGACGGAGGGAGAGAGUGAAGGGUUCUGCCAUACAGAACUCUUAAAACUCCACUCCGGUCCAGACAUCUGCCUACUGGCUGAGAAUAUAUCACUUCCUGUAGAGUCAGUGUGUGAUUGGACCUUUUAACUGUCCCUUGCAGGCUAGUCCUGCCCUCCUCUAGGUAUGGAAAAGCACACUCCACAGGCACAAGAUAGACUGAAGAAAUCUGAACACCUCUCAUCUCCCCUACCCUUCUAUGGCCUAAAACCAAACUCCUCUCUAACCUUUACCCCUUUCUGGCCUAAUACCAAACUCCUCUCUAGCCCCUACUUGUGCCUCUUUGUUGAUAUCCCUUCACAGAUCUAAGACAACUGGAUGGUUGUAAGCAGGGAGAGACCAUUCUCUCAGGCUUGGGGGUGUGUCUCUCAGUGAGGAAGAGGCUGGAAUGUUCUCCCACUCUGACUGUUUGCCUCAGAUCAACAGGUGUGUAUUAAGCCCAAAGAGGAAAAAUGGACAGUGACUGAUCUAUUUUUUUUAACAGCAGAAGGUCUCGCCUCUUGUGUUCAGUUGGAAUGUUCAUGAUUGUUUCGGUUAUGCUUUUUAGUUGUGAUCAAAUCACACAGCCACAACAGGAACAAUGGGACAGUUUUGUGACGCUGCCCUCCCUCAUCUACUCACUCUUAUACCGGACCGUAUUCAUCACCUAACUUCAACGUCGUUGCUAGUGUAACAAUGACAGUUGGUUAGGAGGAUGUAUGAAAUAGAUUUGUCAAUUUGGUGAAUUGCAUUUGAUUACUGAAAGUGCAGUUUUUGUAUUUAAUAUAUAGUUGACGAUAGGUGCUUGUGCCAUAAUUUCAGCAAGACAGAAAUGAUAUUUCUUAAUGCUCUUUUCACUAACUGUUUUUGUCUUGUCACUGCUUUUUCCCCUGUCAUCCAGUCACCCGUGUAAGCACUAACUAGCCAGAACUUGUUGAUGAUGUCACAGUGUUUGAUGUUUUGUCACUAUAGUCCCAGUUGGUAUUAGAUAGAAGGUCGCGGCCCUGCCUCCUUUUGGGAAAACAACCUGUGGUUACUCCAUUGGCUCACAGCAAAAACAUGAUAUUUUUCAAACACAAUUUUCUUGUUGUUUCAGCAUUGCUUGCGUUCUCACUACUUAGAAAAACCUAAUAUUGUAGGGCUUCCCUCAUG